CGUCGACGCAUCGAGAACGUUUGGAUACCAUUCAUUCCUCAAAAGAACAGUUCCUGUUGCCAUAUCAAUUCCUUCAAAAUGAAAGUCCUUAUCCUUGCUCUGUGCAGCCUGGCCCUAGUGGCUGCCGAUGUCUCGCAUUUGUUUGGUAAUGAUCACGAUCAUCAUCAUCACCAUAAUCAUGAGGAGCAUCCUGGCUACAACUAUGAUUCUCCACAAAUUCCCUUCGAGCUGCCAACGCCUGCAUCCGUCUACUUGCCCGCCAAGGUCGAGCCUGUCUAUCUGCCUCCUGCACCACCAAAGCCCGCUUAUCUGCCUCCUUCACCACCCAAGCCUGUUUAUCUGCCUCCUGCCCAGCCUAAGCCAGUGUACGUUGCUCCCGUUGUGGAGGAAGUCGCUUCGCUGCCCAUUGAGGAGCCUGAGAUCAAUUACUUGCCCCCAGCACCCGUUGUGCCCGUGGUGCCCACCUACAAGAUUCCCAUUCCAUCGUACGCUGAACCCUUGGAGCCCGUGAACUCGUAUCUGCCACCUCAAGAGAUUGUGGAGCCGCACAGCGAUGAUGGCUAUCAUUAUGAUGUGCCAUCGAAACCGUUCUUCUACUAAGCUUUGAGUUAAUUAGCCAUUUGCCAUUUGCCUAUCGAUAUCACGUGUAUAUACUUAUAUGUACUUUGUAUUAUUUGUGUAUUUGCUGAGUUAUUUAUUUUUAACCAUGUUCGUACGCACUAAAAAAUAUAUAAAU